AUGGCAACGCGUCUGGCGGCGUCGCGAAUCGCGCACGCAGGCCGCGGAAUCUCGCAGCCAACGGCGUACGGAAAGCGAAUGGAUCGGCUCUCGAAUCGAAUCUGGGGGGAAGUGGUGAUGCCGACGGACAAGAAGAGUCUCAAAGUGGUGCGCGUGAUGUCUGCGGAGCCGUACGAGACCCGCGAGCAGCUGUCCCCCGAGUACUACCCGAACCUGCCAAUGUUCCACUACCUCACCAAAAUGCUCCGAUUCCACGGACUCUUCUUCGAUGAUCACGUCGUUUUCAGAGAGGUCUUGCAGUGGAUUCCCUCCUGAAACACCCCCGAAUCUCUGUUUUUUAGGUGCAAGACAAUCUGAAAACGAUUCGCGGAAAAGUGGUGCAUCCGCCGAUCGGACAGGGAAAACGAGCACAGUUGCGCGGAAAGAAGUGA